CGUACUAUUGUCUGCUAUUGUCAAAAUAGGCAUGGAAAUAUUCUACAAGCGGAAUUAUUAGUCUGAAGCAUAACAAUUCUCACUGAAUACUUGUAUUUUAUUUUUAUAUGCAAUUACUAAAAUAUCAUUCAGUGUUUUAUGGAGUCCAAUAUUUUUAAGUGUCUAAUUUGAGUUUAUAUCUAGAACUUAUUUUGCUAAGAUGGCUCCCUCUAGUUGCUGAAGUGUCAACUAUACGCGUGUCGUCCAUGUUCCGAAUGUGGUGUGACUUAUUUUUGUUUUGUGUUAAUUUUCAUUACGUUAAAAUAAAUGUGAAAUGCAACAGUAUGUGUCAUUCCAUAUAGUGGAACCUUGCUCCGGCUGAAUGGAUCCCGCCGUGGCGUGGUAUCAGCCCGAGCAGGAAGGACCCGCGAAGCGCCUGUGGCUUCGUAUCUGGGAAUCUCAAAGUGAUAUAGACAAAAUGAACUUGAAAAACUUAGAAAACGCUAACCCUAAUGUGAAUAAAGCACAGGACUUUAUACCAAUAAAUGAUGUGAACGGUGAAAGUAGGAAUAAUAAUUAUUUCAACCCCGCGCGGAGGAAAAUGAACGAUAACCGCGCAUCGACGUUUAACCUGAACAAAAACCACGAUGCUCUCAUCGGUGAAUACGGGGGUUGUCCGUGGCGGAUACCCAACUAUAACUAUAAGCCAGGGAUUUUAGGGUUGCACGAGGAGAUCGAGCACUUCUACCUGUACAUGUCUCCGACGGAGACGGAGCACCUGGUGCGGUCGACGGUGGUGAACCGCAUCCGCGGCGCCAUCAUGGCGCUGUGGCCGCAGGCACGGGUCGAGGUGUUCGGCUCGUUCCGCACCGGCCUGUACCUGCCCACCAGCGACAUUGAUCUAGUUGUCAUCGGUGAGUUCAGUCAGUGGGAGAAGCUGCCGCUGUGGACACUGGAGCGCGAGCUGGUGGUACAAGACAUCGCGGAGAAGGAGAGCAUCAAGGUGCUGGAGAAGGCCACCGUGCCUAUCGUUAAGAUGACAGACAAGUAUUCAGACGUCAAGGUGGAUAUAUCCUUCAACAUGAGCAGUGGAGUCAAGAGCGCAGAACUCAUCAAGCAGUUCAAGGAGAAGUACCCGGUACUGACGCGGCUGGUGAUGGUGCUGAAGCAGUUCCUGCUGCAGCGCGACCUGAACGAGGUGUUCACGGGAGGCAUCUCCUCGUACUCCCUCAUCCUCAUGUGCAUCAGCUUCCUGCAGCUACACCCGCGGCCCGAGCGCCUGCGCCAGCCGCACAACCUCGGCGUGCUGCUCAUAGAGUUCUUCGAGCUGUACGGCCGCAAGUUCAACUACGUCAAGACUGCCAUACGAGUCAAGAACGGAGGCUCCUACGUCUCCAAGGACGAGAUACAGAAGGAGAUGAACGACGGGCACCGGCCGUCGCUGCUGUGUAUCGAGGACCCGCUGACGCCGGGCAACGACAUCGGCCGCUCCAGCUACGGAGCGAUACAAGUGAAGCAGGCCUUCGACUACGGCUACAUCAUCCUGCAGCAGGCCGUGGGCGCCCACAGCGCGCUGCUGGCGCGGCACAGCGUGCUGGGCCGCAUCGUGCGCGUCACGGACCACGUGCUGCAGUACCGGCGCUGGGUGCGCGACACCUUCGAGUCCUACUUCUUCCCGCUGCGCCGCGCGCACCUCUCCUCCAGGGAGCCCUCGCCCGAGCCCUCCGACAGCGAGCCGGAGUGGUCGGACAGUGGGUCGCGUGCGGCCGGCAGCCCCCCCAUUAUCGCGGCAGUGGCGGGCCCCGCACCCCCCGGCGCGCCCGCGCCCCCCGCGGCGGGCGGCAGGACUUCGCCGCCGCCCCUGUCGGCGCUGCAGUGCUCGUCGCCCACGCCGCGGCGCGUGUCGGCGCACCAGAGCCUGAUCAUCCACCACAUCACCAGCAACUCGGACUUCAACAACAUUCCGAGCCUCGCCCGCUCGCGCCGCGCCACGCGCGCCGAGCCCGAGGAGUUCCCCGCGGGCGCCGCGCAGCGCUACGGCGACGGCGGCGCCAAGGGCCGCAACCAGCGCUCCUUCUCCAUGAAGCAGCGCCGCUACUCGUCCCCGCCCGGCGCGUGCGCCGCCGCGCCCCGCUACCGCGCGCCCCCCGACCGCCACAAGAAGCGCCGCGGCUCGCACGCGCACCACGCGCACCCGCGCUCAUAGCGCCAGUGGCGGCCGCGCCCCCGCGCCCCGCCCCGGCACAGCGCGCCCCGCGCCCCCCGCGGCCCUGGCCGGCGCCGCGCCCCCGCGACUACUACGCCACCGCACACCGGGGACCCUACUCUACAUUUGCACUAUUUACAGA